AUGGCUUCUAUGAAACAGUAUGCGUACCCAGGCUUCGGCGAAGCCAGCAGGAAGAGCCACUGGUACUCUUCCGCCGUCCGCAUCGGCGACCAAAUCCACUGCGCCGGACAAGGCGGCUUCUACGACGCCGACUUAAACAUCUCGCAGCUGGUCCCCGAGCAGAUCGACCAGGCCUUCGUCAACGUCGAAACGGCGCUCCGCGAUGCCGGGUGUAAGGGCGGCUGGGCGCACGUCUUCCGCAUCAACUCGUUUCACAUCCAGCUGGACCAGGAGGCUCAAGACGCCAUGGUACGCAACUUCAAGAAGUGGAUGCCCGACAAUCACCCGGUCUGGACCUGCGUUCAAGUCGGCCGUCUUGGCGAUGACAGGAUGAGGGUGGAGAUUGAGGUGUCGGCGUUCGAUCCGGAGGGUGCGAAGGAGCAGGGGACGAUGAAGGCGUAG